AUGGGUGUCUGCAUCUCCACUGGAAAAGGCAUCGACGCGCACGACGAGGAAAAAAGAAGGGAGACAACACCCGAGGGCGAGCGCACGGUGCCGCAUGGCAACAACAGCUCUGCUGCAACUGAAAUCUUGUCAGCGUUGCCAAACAGAAACCUGGGGCUCAUGGACCCUCGAUCAUACGCGCAGUUGGAGAAUGCUAUAGAGGAACUUUGUCACGGCCAAAAUGCGGCACUGUUUUUGGCGCAUCCGGAGUUGUUGUUUUCAAAUCGAGCGGCUAUCCUCUGCACAGGAGAGUUUGUUCCAGGGGAAAUUGUGGGAAAGUACACUGUCUUGCGUGCCUUGCCCACAGGAACGGUGGGCCGUAGCUUUUUCGUCAGGGCUUCACUUGAGGAAAACGGGGGAACAAAGGGCGGGUUAGUGAAGAAGACCGGUCUAAGUCAGAGGGAUGAAACCCCUACGUCCCGAGCAUCUGUCAACAAUUUAUUCGCACAGCCGAUAGAAUGCGUUUUCAAGGUCAUCACGUUCAUCACGCGCAUGGAGGUGGCUGAGCAUGUCUUGCAGGAUCAAAAAGUGCUGACAAACCUGAUCCACGAUAACGUACUGCGCUGCGUAGAUGUGCUAGAUGACGGAAGCCAUGAGAAUCUUAUUUUCGUUACUCCAUAUGUUGAGAAGGGCAGUUGUGAAACGCUCGCAGGCAAAAUUGAAAAAGAUCAAUUACUUUCUAUUCUGCAUGAUGUGGCUGUUGGUCUACGUAUUCUCCAUUCUCAUGAAAUCUUUCACCAUAAUCUAAAGCUGGACAACAUUCUCAUCAGGAAUAAUGGCACCGCUUGUAUUGCUGAUGCUGGAUUUGGACGUAUUUUUGCCUCGGAGAGUGCGGAAAGCCUUGUUUUUAACGGUGAGUUAGCUUGCAUGCCGCCUGAAGCCUUUUUGAACAAUACUACUUCUUCAAUGAAUCUAGCGAAGGUGGAUGUCUGGGGCUUUGGACUGCUAAUGUAUCGACUUGCGUACGGCGUAGAACCGCUGGAUGUUGAGGGUAAGUCAUUUGAAGUGGUACGAGAUUCUGUGCUGCAUGGACAAAUCGAGUUUCCAUCUCCAAAUUGGCUUUCAGAGACACCGUUUCAGGAGGUAGUUCUGUGGUGUCUCAACCGUGACCCAAGGAAUCGACCGAGCAUUAUGCAGCUGCUACGUCACCCGCUCUUUGGGGAGACUUUGCUGCACAGCAUUGGCGGAGGUGCUCUUUCCACCUCUGGAAGAUUAAACGCCAAUUCCAGCGGACACGCUGGCACCAGCCUUAGUUUCAGUAAUAUUGGGAUGCGCUAUGCACGGGCCCAGAAGCGAGCGGGUUUGACAAUAUAUGCGGCACUCGGAAAGGGGCGAAAUUGCGAGUCGUUUCUUGUGAACUCGAGUCGUACCACCACAAAGGAGGUCGUCUUGAAAGUCAUACGGCGAUCGGUGCAAAAAAAGAUUGAAGAUGCUCCCGACGCAGCUGAGAUGCAGCGCGCGUUGGCCUUCUGCCGUGAAGCCCGCCACUGUAGCAUAUUGCAUCUUCUGGACAUUGUGGAGAACAAGGAUGGCUGCUUCGCGACACAACCAUAUGCAGACGGCGAGUUUCUCGACAGGAAUUUUCCUCCACUUACGAAUAAAGAAGACCCUUCCUUUACGCUGCCGAAGAUGCUUGUGGAUGUGCUCAACGGGUUACAUUUCAUUCACUCAAAUGGUGUGUCAAAUUUAUGCCUCACCCCAACAAACAUAUUUUAUCUGAAGGGCACUGGCUUCAUCUUUGCAGACUUUGGUCCCCUGUUUUUAACGCAGCAAGAGGCCCUAUUGGAUAGGGAAUCAGGGUAUCCGUGGUACUCACUUCCGUCAUGGGUGCUCGAUGAUCUUCGUGCACCGGCACAGACGACAAGGCACGCUUUAGACACUUUUUGUGUCGGCUUGCUCGCCGCCUCGGCGGUUCCGUCGGUGUACAACGAGGCUUGGGAGUCCUUUUACAGUGCGGAUGAGGGUGACACUAUCGUCGAUGACGUCUCCGAGGAGGUCGAAAAAGCUGUAGGUAUUCUCACUCGACCCCUUGUGGAAUUUAUUUUAAAGGCGCUUACGACCAAAAGCUCCGCAAAGGAGCUGUUGUCCCACCCGUAUUUGGCGGAUGUGGUGGGUGCUUCUUUGUCUCAAGUUGUCAAGCCGUUGGAGUUGACACCUGACGCCGUAAAAGCUGCGGUGGCUCGCGAUUUUAGCUUUCGUGAGGAACCCCGCCUUAUGGACGUGCUGGGUCGCGAUCCUAUGCUGGAGAGCGUCAUGCUUGGUAAUUUGGUGGAUUCCUUCGUCGAAGAUGAAAGCCGAGAAAGUAUCUCUGCUGCUAAAGAUUUGGAUUUGUCUGUUCGAUUCCCGUUUAAGGACAAACUUGUCUGUGGACUCUGUCAUGUGGAUUUGACUAUUGUGCUGUUUAAGUGUCUGGAAUGUGCUUCCUACGUGCGUUGUGGCAAAUGUGCCCUGAACGAUAAGCACGCAGACGGUCAUGAGAUGAAGCCGUACCUCAUUCACACUAUUGAGCACAAAGGCAAUGGCAAGGAGGCCAUUCUUUAUCCAACAAGUAGUGUCCCAAAUGUCAAUGUCCUGGAGGAAGUAGAGAUGCAGGCGAAUCUCCCCGUUGGGUCUCUUGUUGAGUCGAAGCUUCCAGCUGCAUCAACUACGACAUCGCCUUUGAAUAAGCUCCAAAUGCAGUCUGCAAACAAGAAAAAAGUACUACCCAAAGCUUCUGAGAUGGAUGAUUUGUCAUGGGAGGAGGAGAUUGCCCUUUGUAGUGAAAAGGGCAGUGCGGAAUUAUUGUUGUACCGUUUUGAUCUGGACACGGUUCCGAAGGAGCUGUAUGACCCGCCACUGCUUCACGUGGUGCGUUUGGAUCUUAGCUACAACAACCUCCGUAGCAUUCCACAUGAGCUAUCGUUUCUGGUUAAACUUCGUAGCCUGGUCAUCUCAUACAAUCAGUUAACGGAACUCCCAGAUAGCUUGGGCAAUUUAAGCCAGCUAGAGCGACUGGAUGUGAGUCACAAUCGACUGCAGCAGCUUCCACAGUCAUUUAUGUAUCUGCAGAAUUUGGCCACCCUUGGUAUGGAUUACAACGACUUUGCCGAAAUUCCAGAGAGCGUGAUUGAAAUUGUUACCAUGUCGCCGUCGAUGCCAAUGCUCUCUGUGAUAUACCUGGCGGAGAACCAUCGUAUUACUCAAUUUCCGAAGCGAGAAAUUCUUGAGAAGUUUCCCAAACUAAAGCUAGCACUCGAUAAUGAGCCUAACGUGUACGAGACAUACAUUAGGGAGAACUUGGAUGAAAAGUUGCCUAAUGUUAGCAUGAUGUGGAACAAAAUUUAUCCUGAUUGCAUCGUUGAGCAUGUAUAUUGUGGUGGCCUGCGAAGUGCACAGUCUCAGCUGGUGUACGAUAAGCUUUCCAUCCAAAAUCUUUUAACCGUGGGCAGGGAGCUCGUCCCAACGCCGCCGAUUGGGGGUGAGCACCUGACACUCAGUAUUGAUGACAUUGAGGGUGCCAAUAUCAGACUUACCUUUCAAGAAUCGGUUGACUUUAUUGAUCAGAGCGUAAAAAGAGGAAGAGGGUGUUUGGUGCAUUGCUUUGCUGGCAUGUCGCGCUCGGCGACCACCGUUAUUGCGUACCUUAUGAUGAAGCGAAAUAUGCGCCUUGAUGAGGCGUACUGCCUGACCAAAAAGGGGCGUCCUGCCAUUUACCCAAAUCAGGGAUUUUUUAAUCAACUCCUAUUGCUCGACGCCGAGUUGUUUCCGCAAGCACCUCCGCUCAAUAUAGCUGCGAUGGAGAGGGAUAACAUUCCAACCGCAUAG